AUGCUCACCCCCAGCCAAUUCAACGCCCUCUGCGACGCCAUGAUCGAAUACCACACCGACCAAGAAGCCAUAUCCGAGCGCAAGGCCGACGAGUUACGGCAAAUAUUGUGGUACUGGGCCCCUAUUGGAACAAUGAGGUCGCAAGACCUAACCGACUAUCCCUUGCUCAUCUGGAAACCCGCACUAGAGCAACAGCAUCUUCGCAGAGACACAGAAUAUGACAACGACGCUCUUUACCACUGGGCCGAGCUCACAAAGUGGAGAAUCUUGCGGCAAGAACUCCCACCGAACCACUGGGAACACACUUCGAGAUGUGGAUGA